AUGCCACUCAACGUUACAGUGGAGGGCCCUGAGUAUCGGAACAUCCCACGCAACGUUGGAUUCUUCGAUGACAUUAACAAGCCACUUCAUAACAGGUUCUGGAGUGCCGUGGCAAGUUACUCCAUGUCGGAUUCUGAGGCACAGAACAUACCACCCUCCGGAGACCCCAGAGAAGAGUUCAUCAUCGGAGUCGACUCAGGAAGUGUACAACUAGCCCGUCAACUGGACUGUGAGACGCAGAAUCUGUACAAUCUCACAAUCAGCCUGUCUGAUAGUCAUCGCACCGUAUACACAUACGUAGGCCUGGCACGUUCAUUGGUGCACGUCACCGCUACAGACAAUGACGUCACCAGUCAGCUCAUCUAUAGUGUGCACAACAGUCGCAGCGUCACCAGUCUCGAGCUGUUCGACCUGGAUCACGUGACUGGACUACUCACCGUGGCCCAGCCUUUGGACAGGGAAAGCAUAUCAGAGCACAUCCUGACCGUGGUGGUGUCAGACUCCAGCUCCCCAGUGAAGCGCAACUUUGCCCGUGUCAUCGUCCAUGUGACAGACAGCAAUGACCACGCGCCGCAGUGGUCUGGUGGUGUUGUCCAGGCUGUCGUGCUGGAGAACGCUUUUGUGGGCUCCAGAGUCGUCACUGUGGUCGCCACUGACAGAGACCACGGCGCCAACGCUGCAGUUACCUACGCUAUAGUGUCAGGCAAUGUUGGAAACUAUUUCUCCAUUGACCCAGUGAUGGGGGACAUAUCGGUAGCUCGAGAUCUGGACUGCGAGGAGGCGGCGGAGUUCAACCUGAUUGUGAGGGCUGUGGACCAGGGCUCCGCCCCGCUGGCUAGUACCCUGCCCGUCUUCGUCACUGUCAGGCAGUCAGACCAUGCUCCUCCCAGGUUUGAGGAGAUCCGUGCCGUGGCUGAGGUGGAGGAGAGUGUAGCCGUGGGUUGGAUAGUCUGGCAAGCCCGAGCUCGCAGCGCUCUCUCCCUCACGUAUGAUAUAGAGGAUGACAACUCCACUGAAUCAUCAUCAUGA